AUGCCGCACCAGGUCUCCAAUGCCUCUACCGGGCUGCAAGCUCUGAUCCUUUGUGGCCCGGGAUCAUCUUUCCCGACAUUCACAUCGAAUCCCGAUGAGAACCCAAAGGCACUUUUGCCGAUUGCCAAUCGGCCGAUGGUCUGGUACCCCAUCGACCUCUGCUAUCGUACUGGCGUUUCAAAAAUCACGCUGAUUUGCCCACCUUCCGCGGCCAAAGCUAUGAAGGCUGCCAUGGCUACAAACCCUCAUCUCACUGGUCUGCCGAUGCCCAGACCAGAGAUUAUUUGCCCACAAGAUCUCACACAGACCACGGGCACUGCGGAAAUCCUACGACUACCGGAAAUCGGCAACCUCAUCACCGGCGACUUCAUCGUGCUUCCCUGCGAUCUCGUUUGUGAAUUUGGCGCUGAACAGCUUUUGCAAGCCUGGAUGGUUAAGGCAGCCAGCGCCACUGAUCUCUUGGGCGGCGGGGACUUUUCUAAUGGAAGCCGAAGCCGGCAUAGCGGUGGUAUCGGCGUCUGGUAUGAGACGAAAAACAAUGUCACGGUCAAGGGCGAAGAGACAGACUUUGUCGCGACAACUGAGCUACCGCAGUCUGCUACCAUGCCCCCCAAAGGCUCCAUUUUGGCCAAUGUCUCCCGAGUAGUAGCCACCAUGCCCACUGAUGCGCUCAAGGAUCGGAUGGAAGAGCGCAAAGCACUCGCUCUCCGCCAUGGUCUGCUGAGGGCCAACCCCCGCAUUCGCAUGCUGACAACACAUCGCGAUGCGCACAUUUACAUCUUCCCCCGCUGGGUUCUAGACUUUAUUCAAGCAAACGACAGAUUUGAGAGCAUAGGCGAAGACGUUGUUGGCUGGUGGGCCAAGGCCAGUUGGCAAGAAGGCCUGGCAGAGAAGCUUCAGAUUAUGAAGUCCUGCAAGGGUGACACUGAAGAGGAUGCAGAGUCUAACCUUGACAGCGAUUCAGGCGUCACCGAUCAAACGUCUGCUGGCAUUUCUUCAACUGCUGGUGACGACUAUUCAAGGGUACACAGCGCUUCGGAAUCCGUACCCCCGAUGGUCGCCUACCUUCACUCGCACAAGACCCAGGAACCUGGUUCCAUUAUCCGCCGUGUCGAUACAGCGCAGCUUCUGCUCGCCAUUUCCUUGCAACUCGCAAAGUUGCCUUCGCUGGAGGAGGCAGGGCCCGAGGCCGCUUCUCCGUUCGCGCACCCCCGCAAGGUGGCAUACCCCGCAGGCGUGAAACCCCGGACGACCAUCACCAAGGCUGAUAGUCUUAUUGCCGAGAAUGUUACUGUCGAGGAGAAGACGUCAAUCAAGGAGUGCGUGAUUGGCGCCGGUUGUCAGAUUCAGGAGGGUGCGAAGCUCUCGCAAUGUCUGCUCAUGGACGGCGUCGUCGUUGGGAAAGGGUGCAAGCUCACCAAGUGUAUCCUGGGUAGACGAAGCAUUAUCGGCGAUGGUUCCGUCCUUACGGACUGUGAGGUUCAAGAAAACCUCCUCGUUGAAGCCAGAACCGAGGAUAAGGACAACAGACUUAUGAGCUCUGAAGGAUUAGAGGCUACGGAGGCAGAGAUGGAGGAAGUAUUGGGACCAUUAAAAGCAUACAUCGACUGGGACAAGGCGUGGAGCUAUUCACACAAAUUUCUGACGCCAUGCCACCAGUACCCUCUUACAUCCGCCGUUCCGGAGUCUUUUUACGGUGCCGUGACGUUGCUUUCGCGACCGGGCAACUUUAAAGCUGGCCACUUUAAAGCUGGCCACUUUAAAGCUGGCCACUUUAAACUUGGCCGCGAAGCAAUUACGACCAUGAACUCGAACGAGGGAUUCUACGGAGCCGAGUCAGCUGGACGCGAACUGAUUACUGCCGUUGGAUUUUACGGUAUCCCUUUGUAG